GAGAAGAAGGAGGUGUGAAGAUAAAGAGAAGAAGGAGGUGUGAAGAUAAAGAUAAUAAGAAGGUGUGAAGAUAAAGAUGGACGCCAGAGACGAGCGAUUGGAUCCCGUCCGGAGCUUCACCCUCACCAGCUUCAGGUUGGAGGAGGAAAGAUGGCGGCGGUUUGUCUCUGAGGAGGAAAACCAGGUGAUCUUCAGCAGCUUCUUCAACACUCCGGACUACAAGAACCUGUUCCUCUGUCGGGACCCUGAAGAUGGAGGACUCUCCAUCGGCUUGGACCCCCCUCAAAAUGUCCAAACUAAAGUGGUCUGCGUCUCCAGAGCAGGUCGAGAAGUCAUCACGAGAGAAAAUGUCCAAAAGAUUUUAGUAAUCCAAGAAGUUGAGGGAGAAGACGCCAAGAGCUUCAUCAUUGCUGUCUCUGAGGAGGUGACCUGCCCGUUGCUUAUUAACCCAGAGACGAGCAGAAGAUGGGCGGUGGGCUUACCCGAGGAGGCUCUGAGGUCCACGGAGCAGCAGAGGAACGAGGCGCUGGUGAUGGAGGCUCAGAUGGAGGGAGGAACUUUCCUCACUUAUCCCGAAGCUCUUCAUGAGGACCAGCUUCAUGGAAACACCUACACAGAUGACACUGAAGAGGGGAAGUUGUCACACACUAAGCUGCUCCACUCCUGUGACUCCACCAUCACAGAGUGGGUGAAGCUGGUCUCAAACUUCCUGCAGCAGGACUCGUCUCAGCCGGUUCUGGACGGACUGGAUCCCCUUCCCUCAGACGAGUUUAACUUCUGGAGGACUAGACUGAAGAACCUGCACCUGAUCCAGCAGCAGCUGAGGAGCAGCAGAGCCCAGCAGGUGGUCUCUGUGGUGCAGAGAGCAGACAGUGUGUACUGGUCCAGUCUCAGAGACCUGUACUCCGAGGUCCAGGAAGGUCUGGAUGAGGCCCAGGACCUCACCGUGAACCUGGACCCUGUGCAGGAGAAGCUGGAGCAGCUGGAGCGGAUGGACUACCUGCAGCUGGGGGACAACAUGGCUGCUCUGAUGGAGGAGGUGAGACAGGUGUGGAUCAGGUCUGAGUUCUACCGUAGACCCUGUAGGGUAGUGGUCCUGCUGCAGGAGAUCUGUAACCUGUUCAUACAGAUGAGCAGGAGGUUCCUUAAUGAGGAGGAGGUGAUGGCUGGUCUGGGAUCAGAUCCUGGUCCCAGACUGGAUGAUGUCACACUGGUGAUCUGGACCCUUCAGACCCUCAAAGAGGAGUACAGGUGGUGCAGGACCCAGCUGGAGCAGGACGGAGACACUCACAACUGGGACUUCCCUUCAAACUUGGUCUUCUUCAACCUGGACCACUUCCUGUUACACCUGCAGAGCAUCCAGGAGGUGUUCAGUGUCAGCCUGAAGCUGCAUCAGUUGGACUCUGCGGUCCUGUCUGGUGUUGGAGGCCAGAUGUGGACUGAUGUGGUUCAGCAGGUGUAUCAGGACUUCCUGGGUCAUGUGAAGGUUCUGUGUGACUCCACCUGUGACCCCACCGACCCUGAAGACCAGAGCUUCCAGCUGCACCUGAACCACUUCUGGGUUCAGGUCUCAGACCUAGAGAGACGGCUGGUGUCGGUCCUCAGCAGAGCCUUUGAGGACUGCUGCGCCUCCUCCUCUGGAGCAAAGCUGGUGAAGAUGUUCGGGUUCCUCCUGGACCGUCCUCUGAUCCAGGAUCAGCUGCGUCCUCACCUGACCCGGCUGGAGGAGCUGGUCCUGGAAGAGCUGGAUCAGACCGAGCUGCUGUUCUACAGUCAGAGAGAGGAACCGAACGCAUUCAGCAGGGUCACUCCGUCUGCUGCAGCCGGACUCUGCUGGACUCAACAGCUCAGACUGAGAGCUGAAAACUCUCUGGACCACUACAGGACGCUUCAACAGCUGUAAGAGGACCACUGAAACCAGGACCUGGACUCAGUCUCUGUGUUGUGUUCAGGGACCUGGACUCAGUCUCUGUGUUGCGUUCAGGGACCUGGACUCAGUCUCUGUGUUGCGAUCAGGGACCUGGACUCAGUCUCUGUGUUGCGAUCAGGGACCUGGACUCAGUCUCUGUGUUGCGUUCAGGGACCUGGACUCGGGUGCCUCCCAGCUGAUCCUGCAGAGGUUCCAGCAGAUCGUGGACCUCCUGCAGGACUUCACAGACCGAGGGAGGUCCAG